UUGGGUUUAGUGGGUUAUUGUGGUGCUGUUUGGAGAAAUGUAAGAGGCCGGCCCGUGACGAUGUGAAUUCCUCGAGCAGCCGACAGCGCCGGAAUCCCCCCCGAUCCGCGGUGAAUGCGGCGCGUCACGGGGCAGCGCCCCAGGUGUACCGGCCGCCUCCUGGUGGCGGUGCUGCUGGCGCUGAGGAGCGCCGCCGCGGCCGAAACGUCGGAGAUCAGGGACUUCGUCGAGACGAACGUGCUGCCCGAUGGCGAGGUCGAGACGAGGGUGUUCUACAAGGGCGUCGUCGCCAAGGAGACCAGGGUGGGCUCGGGAUCGAACGUGGGCCUCAGGUUCCGCGAGCUGACCCAGGCCGAUCGGCUGAUCCAGCUGAUCGUCGACGACGACGGUCGAUUGAUCGACUGCGAUUUCGGCCGCGACGACGGCCGAUCGGCCUCGUUCCUAUCUAGUUUCAGGCGCGAUCUGGGCGACUUGGUGGCCGCCUCGAACGGCACGGUGGAGUCGUUGGACGGGAAACGGCUGCCCGGCGAAUUCGGCUGGAUGGACUUCGGCCGAUUGAAGGCCGAUUGCAAGAGGCGGCAUCGCGAGAUGAAGGAGCGGAUGCAGGAGCGAAGGUCGAAACGCGACGUGGGCGACAUCUUCCGAGUGCCGGGGACGAAAUGGUGCGGUAAAGGCUACUCGGCGGACAAGUACACCCGAUUGGGCGGCUUCUCCAAGACCGACCGCUGUUGCAGGAAGCACGACCUGCGCUGCCCCUUCUGGAUCGGCGGCUUCGAGACCAAGUACGGCCUGUUCAACUGGCGAUUCAACACUCUGAUGCACUGCAACUGCGACGAUCGGGCGUGCUUGAAGAGAGCGGGCACCGGCGACGCGAACAUGGUGGGAAAAUUGUUCUUCAACGUGGUGCAGACGAAGUGCUUCGUCUUGAAGCCGAAGAAGUCGUGCGUGAGGCACUCCUGGUGGGGCAAGUGCGAGAAGACGAAGGUCGUGAAGCAAGCCGUUUUGAGGGAUAACGUACCGUUUUAA